AUGGCCAAGAAGGGCUCCAGCGAGCAGCGCGCUGAGGUCCGGGCUUCGAAGAGGUCGAGGGCCAACGCGAAGGAGGCCCAGAGUUGUGUUGGCGACAAUGGGGCCUGUGCUAAGCCUGUUGCAGGGAGCGCUGAGAUGCGCCAGAACCAUCUCAACGUUCACGCCCUUGCCUUCGGGUGGAUGACGCUGGCCGAGUUCAAGGGUCAGCUCAGGGCCGACCCUGAUUUUAACAAGCAGGUCGAGGCUGCGUUGCGCGUGGCGUUGGGGCUCGAGGAGAAGAACUUUUUCGCUGGAGAUGUGACCGUCGAUUGCGUCCAUGGCGUGCGGGCGCUCAGGCGCCCCAAGGGUCUCACGGCCAAGCGGUGCACGGAGGUGUUCGGCAGAACGCCUCAGCAGUGCGGCAAGGUGAUCAGGGACCUCGACGACGGGAAGGGUGGGAAGUUCAAGGGUGUGUGCGUGGAGGACGAGUCGGAGCCCGACGUGCUCUACGAGGUCUUCACGACUACGUUCAAGCAGCGUCAGCAGCACAAGCAAAUGGCCGACGGCCAGUUGCACCCCAGUCAGGCCCAGACCAUCUUCACGAAGGUCAAGCUCGACGAGUUCAUGGAUUGCAGUCCCUACCAGAAGGCGGCUUCAAUGGGCGACGUCCGUCAGAAGGCAGCGUUGAAGGGUUCCCCAGUGGCAUCUGAGGCCAUGGCGCUCGUCCAGGCGAAGAUGAAUACCACCAGCAUUGCCGACUGCAUGCAGAGCAACACUGGUCGUUCGAUGGGCGGGGCGGACGUGCUCACGGAAAAGCUUCGCAAGAUGGGGGCCACGAUCGAACAGAAGAUCCGGGGGGGCCAUGAGGAGCAGUACGCGGCAGCUCAGCAGAUCAAGAACCUUCAGAUCGCGACGGUCGGCCGCUCGGAGUUGGACGCAUGCCUUUCGAAGCUUCGCGGUGUGGAGUUUCCCGAGAGAUUCCAGAGGGCCCUCCUCGAGCGCGCGGUCCUCGACCUCGUGGGUCAGCCUGAAUUUGACGUUGAUAAGUUCUUCUGCAUCGUGAACCCGCUGAGCCCUCAUGAGCUGACCUUCGAUCCCAUGCUGCCGACGCUCAGCGCCAUCGCCAUGAGCCAGGAGGAGAAGGCCAGAUUUUUCUCCGAUAAGCUGAUCGCUCGGUACCUCUUGAAGCUUAUCGAAGAAGAUGAGCCCAACAAGUCAGAUGCAGAGAAGUUCGUGCUGUACGCCAUCCAGUGGUUCGAUGAUAAGAUUGACGAUGCAGAUGUUUCAAUCUGCCCUGAGGCGGCCAAGCAGCGAGGCAUGAAACACUCCAUGCCCGGGCUCGACUUCGCAGCGCUGAAGGGCAACGAGUGGUACAACAAACAUUACACGCGGUUCAUGGAUGACAUCGUUGGCUUCGAGAAGUGGGGCGAUACGAUCCACCUUCGGACGCAGCAGAUCGUUCGUCAGAACAGCACGCGGCUUGACCCCCAUGCCACGUUGCAGGGGCUUGGCCAGAGGAAGGGCGAUCUCGAUGCGAGCGUGCGGCGCCCAUGCGCCGACUCCAUUGAGAAUUGGCUUUUGUCCAAGUUCAACUUUGGUGACAUGCAGGUUCGCGCCGAAGGCAUGUGCACCCCUUCGAAGCAGAAGGCCUCAAAAGAGAUCCUGCUGCAGCAGAUCGGCCCCGCGAAGACGUGCCCCCCUUCGAACGAGGUCGCGCUCGAGGAGUUCAAGGCAGCGGCCGAGGGCUUGCGGGGCACCUCCCACAACGGCGCGGUUCUCGAGCAG